AUGUUUCGGUUCGCGAUGAUUCGUACCAAAUCAAUCGUCGCCGUCCAUGACAAAGAAAACAUCCCCCCGGCCAAGGCUAGCAGACUAAGCUGCAAUUCACCGGCGGCAUUGGACCGACUGGUAAAGCCCUUCAAGUGCCCAGGAUCAGCCAACGCUCGCAAAUCCAGCGGCGAACCUACCCGAAAGCGGCGAAAAGUCAACUAUGCCGAAGCUGCUGGCGGAAAUGACGACGAUCAGAGCGGUGGCUUCAGCAUAGACGGGGAAAGCGUUGCCCUGAAAGAUAGAUUCCCCGUCUUCAAGGUCAAGGACAAGGAAGCCACGUUUCGCAGCCGCUUCGCAAUCCCAUUGAUCAACAAGAAUGCAUUCGAUCCCUCAAGACCGGCACCCAGCCUGGGAAUGCGCCGAGGUAAUACUUUCGUUAACAAACCACUCCAUGAUCCGAGCGGCGAGUUUGCAAUCGUACUCUACGACCCUACUAUUGACGAAAAGUCCGCAGCCAAGCAGGAGGCACAGGUGGAGGCAGAGAAGCCUGAAUUGGACACGCCUCUGAUGCACAAGAGUCUGGCAGAAAUACUUGGAAUCAAGAAACAAGUCGAAGGCGAGAGACCAAAAGUUCCCGUCGUGAUUGACCCCAGAUUGGCCAAAGUCCUCCGGCCUCACCAGGUCGAAGGAGUCAAGUUCUUGUACCGAUGUACAACGGGGCUUAUUGAUGAUAAGGCCAAGGGCUGCAUUAUGGCCGACGAAAUGGGUCUGGGAAAAACACUACAGUGCAUAACGUUGAUGUGGACCUUGUUGAAACAGUCUCCCGAAGCAGGCAAGUCAACCAUUCAGAAAUGUGUCAUUGCUUGCCCUGCGAGUUUAGUCAAGAAUUGGGCGAACGAGCUGGUCAAAUGGCUUGGUGAAGGUGCUAUCAACCCAUUCGCCAUUGACGGCAAGGCCACAAAAGAUGAACUCACCCUUCAACUGAAACAAUGGGCGAUUGCUUCGGGAAGGAGUGUGGCGAGACCUGUGUUGAUUGUUUCAUAUGAGUCUUUGCGUCUGAACAUUGAAGAGCUCAAAGACGUCAAGAUUGGCCUCAUGCUUUGCGAUGAAGGCCACCGCUUAAAAAACGCCGAAAGCGAGACCUACAUGGCCCUGACUGGACUCAACGUGGACCGCCGAGUCAUUCUGUCCGGAACACCCAUUCAAAACGAUUUGACUGAGUACUAUUCCUUGCUCGAUUUUGCCAAUCCUGGAUACCUAGGCACCAAGGCUGACUUCCGCAAGAAAUACGAGUUGCCAAUUCUUCGUGGGCGCGAUGCUGCUGGUUCCGAUACGGAUAAACAGAAAGGAGAGGCAGCCAAUGCCGAACUAGGAUCCCUCGUCAAUAAAUUCAUCAUCCGAAGAACAAACGACAUUCUAUCUAAAUACUUGCCGGUCAAGUAUGAACAUGUCGUCUUUUGCAAUCUUGCCCCGUUCCAGAAAGAUCUCUACAAUCACUUCAUACAGAGUCCUGACAUCAAGAGUCUUCUUCGAGGAAAAGGCAGUCAGCCUUUGAAGGCCAUAGGCAUCUUGAAGAAGCUAUGCAACCAUCCAGAUCUACUGGAUCUAGAGAAGGACCUGCCUGGCAGUGAAAAGUUUUGGCCACACGAUUACGUGCCGAAAGAAUCUCGCGGUCGAGACAGAGAUGUCAAAUCUUGGUAUUCUGGAAAAUUCGCCGUUCUCGAACGCAUGCUAGCUCGCAUUCGACAAGAUACAAAUGACAAGAUAGUGCUCAUCAGCAAUUAUACCCAAACUUUGGAUGUGUUUGAGAAGCUGUGUCGCGCACGCAGCUAUGGCUGUCUUCGACUCGACGGUACCAUGAAUGUUAACAAACGCCAGAAGCUCGUGGACAGAUUCAACGACCCUAAUGGAGAGGAGUUUGUCUUCUUACUGAGCAGCAAGGCUGGUGGGUGUGGUAUCAAUUUGAUUGGGGCCAACCGUCUGGUGCUAUUUGAUCCAGACUGGAACCCAGCUGCCGAUCAGCAAGCUCUCGCCCGUGUUUGGCGAGAUGGCCAGAAGAAAGACUGUUUCGUCUACCGAUUCAUGGGUACCGGGACCAUUGAGGAGAAGAUAUUCCAGCGUCAGUCUCACAAGCAAGCACUGUCCUCGACAGUGGUCGACUCUGCGGAGGACGUUGAACGGCAUUUCACGCUGGACUCUUUGAGGGAGCUCUUCCAAUACCGACCCGACACGAGAAGUGACACUCACGACACGUUCAAGUGCAAACGAUGCAAGCCAGAUGGAGUGCAGCAGAUUAAGGCUCCUGCUAUGUUAUAUGGAGAUACGAGUUCCUGGAAUCACUUUGUCAACAAUGGUGAGCAGGGCCAGAUGGGCAAGAUACAAGACUUGCUACUUCGGCAGGAAACGUCAGAAGACGCAGUCAGUGCCGUGUUCCAAUAUAUCAGCCACUAA